GCAUGCAGUAGCUGGGCAACGGCACGCACCCCAUUGCACAGCCAGGGCACAAGCGAGUGGCUCGCGGGGGCAUGUGAGCGCUCCCGGACGCACUGGACGCGCGGCGGCCGCUCGACAGAGCAUGUGAGACCGCGGCCACACAGGCGGCCACGCGCCCCGGGCUCCGUGAGACGCACGCACUCCCUGCGCCACACGCACGCAACCGACCCUCGCCCGACGCCCGCGGCGAAAUAAUGCCCGAGCUGGAAGACUUCUCGGCCAUCUCGAUUUGUGCCAACACCAAUGAGAUCAUCUACAAAAACUUCCGGCCCACCAGGGCCAAGCUGGCGUUGGCCGUUUUCGUCCUGUCCGUCGUGUCGUUGGUCCUGGCGCUGCACACGCUCUGCUCCGCACAAACGCAAGUUUUCAUUUACUCGUCUGAGACGUCAAUCUACCUUAAUUCCGGCGAUCGAUCCUCGUCCAUCCACGCCUCCCUGCAGAAACACGAGCAACAACGGCUGAUUCAGGAGGUGCGCAACACCGACUUUGGCGACGGCUCCGGCGGCGGUAGGUCGCGGUCGGAGCGUCCGCAACGCCGCCUUCCGCACGUGCUGAUCAUCGGGGUGCGCAAGUGCGGCACGCGGGCGCUCCUGGAGAUGCUGAACCUGCACCCGCGCAUAGUUAAAGCGAGCGGCGAGGUGCACUUCUUUGACCGCGACGACAACUACCGCCGCGGCCUCGAGUUCUACCGCGCCAAGAUGCCCGAGUCGUACGAGCGGCAGAUUACCAUCGAGAAGAGUCCCAGCUACUUCGUCACGUCCGAGGCGAGCGAACGCAUCCGCGCCAUGAACGCCUCCAUCAAGCUGCUGCUCAUCGUCAGGGAACCCGUCGUCAGGGCCAUCUCGGACUACACCCAAUUAAGAUCUCACACGCCGACGCGGGUGCCUUCGAACGCAUCGUCACCGAGCCACGACCAGAGUUUCGAGGAGCUGGCCGUGCGGGCCGACGGCACCAUCAACGAGUCGUACCGGCCGAUCGCGCUCUCCAUUUACCACAACUUCAUGUCCAUCUGGCUGGAGACAUUCUCGCGCAGUCAAAUCCUCAUCGUCAGCGGCGACACGCUGAUCACGCGGCCGGCGACCGAGUUGGCAAAGAUCGAGUCCUUCCUCAACAUCGAACCUCGACUCGGACCCAGGAAUUUCUACUUCAACAAAACUAAAGGGUUCUACUGCAUCAAGAACGCGUCGGCCGACAAAUGCCUGAAGGACACGAAGGGCCGGAAGCACCCAGACGUGAAUCCAGACGUCAUCUCGAAACUGCGCCGCUUCUUCAGUUCGCACAAUCAGAAGUUUUACGAGCUGGUCGGCGAGGACUUUGGGUGGCCAGAGUCUUAGCCGCGGCAAAAAUUGAGCAACGAAUUUAUCUUUCAGCUGAUUUUAAUCAUCAUCCACACCGGUUUUCAGUUCGGGCGGGCGAGACCAAGUGCCAAUUCGAUUAAGGAAAAUAAUGUAAAAUUCUCGUGGCGGUGCGGCGUCGGCGCGGAUUAAAAUCAGAGAGUUCCUCGCGUUAGUUCCUCAACGAAAGAAAGAAAGAACGAAAAGCGCCGCUGCACCGACUCGACACUGACGAACGGACAAACAAAACGCGAUUUUACGACAGCAGCUUUAUGAAAAUGAAAAAUUUAUAUACUAUACAACAAAAACACAUAUCAAGACGCGGCGCGCGAGCUCGACGAGCGACAAACGCGCGCGCACGCGCACUUUUAACGCAUAUUAAAAUUAUAUUAUAUAAAUAUAUCCUCUCACGCAGAAUAUCGUUACCAUAUCAAAGGAUUUAAGAAGAAUUUCGGAAAUUUCAAAGUCUGAAUGAACACAUAUCAACUCGGAGUAUUAUUACGCGAGUUUUACUAAUUGUUAAGCAGUUACUAACGUAGGCUAAUUAAAUCCAAUUUUGUCGUUGAAGGAGAAGGCUUGCAAAAUGCGGGGCAAAAUUCUAAAUUUUGACACGUGGGUUUUUGAAACGGCGUCAAAACGGUGAUUGCUUUCGGUACAUUUUGAAAAAACAGAGGUAUUUUUUGUGCCUGUUUGAAUAUAAUCAGGGCGACCGCUAGAUGGCUAGAAAUGUACGUAUUUAGCGCCAGGAUUCAAGUUUUAAUAAAUUAAAAAAAUUGGUUGAAAUGAAAAAGAAAAUGGUGCCACGGGUUUUUUCUAUUGGCUUGAGCGUCCAAAUCGUAGCUGCAGUUCCUUCAAACGGGUGGCACCAGUUAUUGGCAUUCAAUUUUACAAAAGGCUGUUUUUCUUAAUGAUCCUUUUUGGCUAAAAUAGUUUUAAAGACUACAUUUUGGGGGAAUCCGAAAAAUAUGGUGUUUUUCGCUGCCAUAAACCAAAGAUGACAGGUUUUUUUGUUGUUUGCAAGAUUCAGAAUUUUAAACUGCCUUAGUAUGCUUAAAGACCAUCUUUGACGAAGAUUCUGAGCCCACCAAUCGAUUCCUGAGGGUCGAAUUAGGUAAAGUGGAUGUUUUUUCCGUUAAAAACACCCAGCAUGACGUGCGAACUUUUUCCCCGCCAAAACAAUAUGAAUGCAAGAAGUGCGCAUGCGUCAGCGCUGGCUGGAUGUGACAAAGAAGUCAUUCGUACUCUUUGCAAGAGCUCAAACCAGCUCUCACGCAUGCGCAGUCAUCGCAAAUACGUUCAAAUUGUUUUGGCGGGAAAAAAGUUCGCACGUCAAACUGGACUUUUUUAACGGAAAAAACAUCAACUUUACCUAAUUCGACCCUCAGGAAUCGAUUGGUGGGCUCAGAAACUUCGUCAAAGACGUUCUUUGGCGAGUUUUCUAUAAAUUGAAGCUCUAUUUUGAAUUUUUACGAGUCCAUAUUUCAAUUUUAAAACCUCGUAGCGUUUAAAUCCGUAGAAAAUCUCCAAAAUUCGCGAUACCAGACAAAUUUUCAAUAUGGCAGUUAGAAAACAUCAUUUUUACGGAUUAAAAGGUGCAAAAUGAAUUCCAAAAGAGCAAAUUAUGACCUCAAUAUAUAACAUUAGGAUAUUUUUACCGCACCAAAUUCAACUUGAUUUAACAAAUGUUUUUUAAGAACUGAAAGUUGGACUAUUUCCAUCAUGAGAUUAUUGUUUAAUUUUCUUGCGCACUAAAUUUAUGUGUAGUAUUUGCGACGCAAGAGAUUGCCGUACAGGGUCUUUCAUUCCCAUCUAUAUAAAUUUGAAGCAAUAAAAUCACAAUGAUUGUGAAUAACGGCUCGGUAUCUGAUUAUUCAAAGAAAAGAUCGAAGAUUUAGAUUAAUUUACACCGACACGCACAAAUUUUGUUGUGGUGAAAAAUGUUUUGUUACAAGAUUUAGGUAAUUGAAAAUUACCUCCCGCGCGCAAACUGCUGUUAAACUGGAUGUUAGCGAAUUUCCUUCUCAUGUGGUAGUUUUUAAGGGUUGGCCGGAGAAUGUUAUCGAGGAGAAUGACGGAAUAUACCUAUUAGGAAUACAUAUUUUAAAAUAGUAGAUUUAAAACUCUUACUCGCACGAAGUUUCAAGCUUGAAUGUCGCACGAUCGUUACCGAAUUUCCUUCACGUACACCUCAAUCAUCACGUGUUUUACAGAGUGUGCAUAUAUCAAAGCUAUUUUUGACUCCUCCAAUGUUUCAAGACAUAUCACGAGAAAAAGAGGCCAAAAUAUUUCAUUAAAAUGGAGAUACAUCCAAGUUCAAAACGCGAGUUUUAAAUAACAAAGUGUUGAAUUGCCAGCAGAGUUUAUAUUAAAAUACACACACACAUGAUACACAUACACACAAGUCUGUUAAAGCAGCACUGGAAAUUACACUUAAUUUUGACACUGCCAAUCACUUCCUUAGGCUCGAGAUUAAUUAAAAAAAAUUAGAUCCAGAAUAAAGAUGGCAGCGCCGCAGCCGCACAGCGACAGUCAGUGCAAUAGGGCUGAAGAGGGGGCGUAACCGAGGGAAUAAAAUAUGGCAGCGUGGAGAAGAAUUCACUGCUCGCCCUCGCCGCCCAUAGUGGUGCGCCGCCAUAUUGCAUUCCUUCAGUUACGCCCCCCUCUUCGCCUGUUUUGACGCCGAAUCUUUCGAUUUCACGCGCGUACAUUGAGAAAUCAAGUACUUUUUAAUACCAAAAAUUCAAUCGAAGGAAACAUGGCUGCUGGCUACCUCCGCUGACUGUCGCAGUGGCGCUGCUGUCUCGAACUUCGUCAAACAAGCCAAUCAGAGGCGUUCUUGACGCACUUUUUGAUUUUUCAGACCAAAAACCGCCAAAAUUAACGUUUUUUUUUCGAGGUAUUGAUUGAUUUAAACCUCUGGAAUCGAUUGGCAGUGUUGCAGAAAUGAAAUUCUAGUGCUGCUUUAGCCAAUAAUGUUGAAUAUAAUUAGUUCGAAGCCACGACUAUAUUUUUAUUAAAUCCAAAUACACAAUGACGAUGAGAGACUAAUUCAGUCCUGCGGUUCAAUAAGUUGCUUUUGCGAAAAAGCUUCUCACGACACGUUUUAGAAAGAGAUAAUUAUUAAAAGAGUCGCUUUAGAGGGUACAAACGAAACUCACAUUCUACUACAAUCAUGUUUUAAAUGUCGCCGCCGGAAGAAAAAAAAACAGUUGUUUUACCGCCAGAAAUCUGUCCAAACGAAGAACAAAACAUAUCAAAAUGAUCAAACAAAAAGCAAAUCGUCUUUCUUGGAGCUGAAAAUAAAAGGGAGAAUUUUUAAAAACUAACACGCAAAUAAUAGCAGAGGUGAGAAUGAAAUGAGAUAUUUUUGCUUGAAAUCUUAGGCAACUCCUAGAUUAGCGUUUAGAAUCUCGGUGUGCCGUCGCGUGGGAAUGGAAAUGAAAAGAUGAGCUGUUGAAUAAUAGCGAAAUUCACUUCAGAACGUAGGGCGUAGUUUUAAGAAGAAACAAAAAACGAAGGCUUUGUAAUUCAUUGCAUGCGUUGGCAGAGUGAAAUAAAAAAAGAUUAUUGUUCACCGAAUAAAAUUGGAAACGACCAAAAAAUGUUUUCUGUGUUAUUUCCCUCACCCAGAAUAAAUACACAAGUUAAUGAGAGAGUACAAAUCA